AUGAAACGGCUGUAUGAUGCAGCAUCACUGAUGAGGACUAAAGGGAUGAAACAACUGUAUGCUGCAGCAUCACUGAUGAGGACUAUAGGGAUGAAACAACUGUAUGAUGUAGCAUCACUGAUGAGGACUAUAGGGAUGAAACGGCUGCAUGAUGCAGCAUCACUGAUGAGGACUAUAGGGAUGAAACAACUGUAUGAUGUAGCAUCACUGAUGAGGACUAUAGGGAUGAAACGGCUGCAUGAUGCAGCAUCACUGAUGAGGACUAUGGGGAUGAAACAACUGUAUGCUGCAGCAUCACUGAUGAGGACUAUAGGGAUGAAACAACUGUAUGCUGCAGCAUCACUGAUGAGGACUAUAGGGAUGAAACAACUGCAUGAUGCAGCAUCACUGAUGAGGACUAUAGGGAUGAAACGGCUGAGUAAAACAGGAACACACCUUAACGACAAUGUUGAUAGGAGUAAAAGAGACACAUACCUUAACGACAACGGACAUUGGAGUAAAACAGACACACACCUUAACGACAAUGGUCAUAGGAGUAAAACAGGAAGACACCUUAACGACAAUGGUCCUAGGAGUAAAACAGACACAUACCUUAAUGACAAUGGUUAUAGGAGUAAAAGAGACACACACCUUAACGACAAAGGACAUAGGAGUAAAACAGACACAUACCUUAACGACAACGGACAUUGGAGUAAAACAGACACACACCUUAACGACAAUGUUGAUAGGAGUAAAACAGACACAUACCUUAAUGACAAUGGUCAUAGGAGUAAAACAGACACCUUAACGACAAUGGACACACCUAGGAGUAAAACAGACACAUACCUUAACGACAAUGGUGAUAGGAGUGAAACAGACACACACCUAAACGACAUUGGUGAUAGGAGUAAUACAGGAACAUACCUUAACGACAAUGGUGAUAGGAGUAAAACAGACACACACCUUAAUGACAAUGGUUAUAGGAGUAAAACAGGAACACACCUUAACGACAAUGUUGAUAGGAGUAAAAGAGACACACACCUUAACGACAAAGGACAUAGGAGUAAAACAGACACAUACCUUAACGACAACGGACAUUGGAGUAAAACAGACACACACCUUAACGACAAUGGUCAUAGGAGUAACACAGACACAUACCUUAAUGACAAUGGUCAUAGGAGUAAAACAGGAAGACACCUUAACGACAAUGGUCCUAGGAGUAAAACAGACACAUACCUUAACGACAAUGGUGAUAGGAGUAAUACAGGAACAUACCUUAACGACAAUGGUGAUAGGAGUGAAACAGACACACACCUUAACGACAUUGGUGAUAGGAGUAAUACAGGAACACACCUUAACGAGAAUGGUGAUAGGAGUAAAGGAGACACACACCUUAACGACAAUGGUGAUAGGAGUAAAACAGACACACACCUUAACGACAAUAGACAUAGGGGUAAAACAGACACACACCUUAACGACAAUGGUUAUAGGAGUAAAACAGACACAUACCUUAACGACAAUGGUGAUAGGAGUGAAACAGACACACACCUUAACGACAAUGGACAUAGGAGUAUAAAAGACACAUACCUUAACGACAAUGGUCAUAGGAGUAAAACAGACACACACCUUAAUGGCAAUGGACAUAGGAGUAAAACAGGGACACACCUUAACGACAAUGGUGAUAGGAGUGAAACAGACACACACCUUAACGACAAUGGACAUAGGAGUAUAACAGACACAUACCUUAACGACAAUGGUCAUAGGAGUAAAACAGACACACACCUUAACGACAUUAUUGAUAGGAGUAAAACAGGAACACACCUUAACGACAAUGUUGAUAGGAGUAAGAGACACACACCUUAA